UUACGAGUUCUGUAUAGUGUUUUUAUUUAUUUUGACUGACGUGCUCUGUGUUAGCUCGGCUGAGCUCUCGAGCCCCUGCUCUCUUCUCUGGGAAACCCCGCGUGUGAGCUGCCAACGCCCGGCGCAGAGACACAAACACAGAGGAGUACGACCUUGAAUGAGAAGGGUGGAUUCCUAAAAAGCACAGCUAUGCAGACGAUUAAGUGUGUUGUAGUUGGCGAUGGUGCCGUUGGUAAAACCUGCCUAUUAAUCUCCUACACGACUAACAAAUUCCCCUCUGAAUAUGUACCAACGGUUUUUGAUAACUAUGCAGUAACGGUUAUGAUCGGUGGGGAACCCUACACUCUUGGACUGUUUGACACUGCAGGUCAGGAGGAUUACGAUCGGUUACGACCCCUGAGCUAUCCUCAAACAGAUGUCUUCUUAGUCUGUUUUUCUGUUGUUUCCCCUUCUUCAUUUGAAAACGUCAAAGAGAAGUGGGUACCCGAGAUCACCCAUCACUGUCCAAAAACCCCUUUCCUGCUGGUGGGGACGCAAAUCGAUUUGAGAGAUGAACCCACCACCAUCGAGAAGCUUGCAAAAAACAAACAGAAGCCAAUCACUCCGGAGACAGCUGAGAAGCUUGCUCGCGACUUGAAGGCUGUCAAAUACGUGGAGUGUUCAGCUCUUACGCAGAGAGGUCUGAAGAAUGUAUUUGAUGAAGCUAUCCUAGCUGCGCUUGAGCCCCCUGAAACACAACGAAAACGGAAGUGCUGUAUAUUCUAAAAGGUUCUGUCUUUCUAACACCCAACUUUAACCCAGAUGGUUGCUGCUUCCUAUAGUUACCUCUUGCUAAAGAAAGUUUUCUGACUGCUAAUGAAAAAUCCAGUGUCUUAAGUUUCUCACGUCAUUAUAUGGAAGCUUUUUUUGUCUUUUUUCUUCAUUUUCUCUUGCAGUCCACCAGUUCUUUGAUUUGAUGAAGGUUCUUUUGCCCUCUUCAGUUUAGGAGAGUUGUUUCUAUUUAAUAUUUGUGCUCUUGAUGGGACGUUUCUGUUACGUAUCUGGAUAUAAAUUUUUAUGUUAAUAGUUUUGGGCAUUUGUAUUAUCCUAUCUACUGUUGACAGAAAUGCAGUCAGUCAUAGAGGUACAGCAAACAAGCAGCUCAAAUGUUACGGCUACCUUUUCAUUCCUUAUUUUAGUGUAUUAUUUUGUACUACAACCAGUGUAUAAUAGUAAAAAUUCUGAACAUAAUUUAUGGCUACAAUUUGCAAUCAGGUGCCACUGAUGCCCUUCGGGUAAUUCCUAUAAUCUUGUGAAUUGUGUCAUUAAUAAAAGACAGCUUAAAUUGCCA